AUGAGAACCAGCCCCCACCGGCCACUGAUUCUCAAGAGACGGAGGCUGCCCCUUCCUGUUCAAAAUGCCCCAAGUGAAACGCCCCAAGAGGACCCCAAGAGGUCCCCGGCCCAGAAGGAGGCGGGGCACCCCCAGACCCCUCCGGAGGGGGCUGAGUCCGGGGCUUGCCAGUUUCCAGCCGGGAUCAAGAUCAUCAACCACCCCACCAUGCCCAACACCCAAGUGGUGGCCAUCCCCAAGGAUGCCAACAUUCAGAGCAUCAUCGCGGCCCUGACCGCCAAGGGCAAGGAGAGCGGCAGCAGCGGGCCCAACAAGUUCAUCCUCAUCAGCUGCGGGGGCGGCGCCCCCCAGCCCGCAGGGCGCCAGCCUCAGACCUCUGCCAGCAACGAGCCCAAGAUGACCCAAGUGGGCGCCGAGGCCCCGGGACUCAGGCCUGCAGUGAGGGACGGGAAUCCCCUAAGGCCGCUCGCCACCCAUCCGGGGCACCGAUGGGAGAGCUGCGUGGGCACGGAGGUAGCUGGCUGCGCGCUUGAUCCCAGCUUGCCCAGCAUCCAGUGGCAUUCCGACAGAGUGGGGUCCUGCAGCGUCAAGCAGGAGAUGGAAGAGAAGGAGAAUCGUCACCUGGAGCCCAAUCAGGUCAAGGUUGAAGAGGCCCCAGAAGCAUCCGCAUCCUGGCAGGAGUCGGUGUCCGAGCGGCCGCCCUACUCUUACAUGGCCAUGAUCCAGUUUGCCAUCAACAGCACGGAGAGGAAGCGCAUGACCCUGAAAGACAUCUAUGCGUGGAUAGAGGACCACUUCCCCUACUUCAAGCACAUCGCCAAGCCAGGCUGGAAGAAUUCCAUCCGCCACAACCUUUCUCUCCACGACAUGUUUGUCCGGGAAACGUCCGGCAAUGGCAAAGUCUCCUUCUGGACCAUUCACCCCAGCGCCAACCGCUACUUGACGCUGGACCAGGUGUUCAAGCCACUGGACCCAGGGUCUCCACAAUCGCCCGAGCACUUGCAAUCACAGCAGCAGAAGCGACCCCACGCCGAGCUCCACCGGAACGUGGCCAUUAGAACCGAACUCCCCCUGGGCACACGGCGGAAGAUGAAGCCACUGCUGCCGCGGGUCAGCUCCUACCUGGUGCCCAUCCAGUUCCCCGUGAGCCAGUCACUGGUGCUGCAGCCCUCGGUAAAGGUGCCGAUGCCCCUAGCCGCGUCCCUCAUGAGCUCAGAGCUUGCCCGCCACGGCAAGCGAGUCCGAAUCGCCCCCAAGGUGCUGCUGGCGGAGGAGGGCAUCAGCCCGCUGCCCACCACGGGGACCGGGCCCACGGAGAGGGCACCCCUGCCCGUCAAGGAGGAGGCUAGCCCCCCGCUGCCCGUCAAGGAGGAGGCCGUGGAGUGGCCCCUGUCUGGGGGGCCGCACCCGGCGCCGAGCCCCCCGCUGGCGGAGUGGCCCUCGCCCAGCCCCUCCGUCAAGGAGGAGGCGUCGUGCUCCUGGGAGGACUCGUCCCACUCGCCCACCCCGACCCCCCAGGGGCCCUCCAGCGCGCCCCGGUCCCCCGCGCGGCGCGUCUCGGAGAUGCUGGUCAUCAAGCGUCGGGAGCAGCGGGACCGCAGCCGCUCGCGCCGCAAGCAGCGCCUGCAGCCGCCCCCCGCGCCCGAACCCGAAACGCUCAGCCCCCUGCAGCCCCCCGCGUCCUCCACGCCCAGCAAGGCCGCCUGGAGGCUCACCCCGCCUGGAGCCGCCGCGGGGCUGGACUUCAGCCCGGUGAGGACCCCGCGGCCCGAUGCCCUGGGCCUGCCCGAGCUCAGCACCACCCCGCUCGGGAGCGGCCCCCUCUUCGACUCCCCCAGGGACCUGCUCCAUCCCGAGCCCUUCGACCUCGCCGCUGACCCCUUCAGCGGCUGCUACUCUCCCUCCGACGUGGAAGUCCCCAAGGCCGGCUCCCCCGAGCCCCAGGACUCGGGCCUCUCGGCCAACAGGUCCCUGACCGAGGGCCUGGUGUUGGACACCAUGAACGACAGCCUCAGCAAGAUCCUGCUGGACAUCAGCUUCCCCGGCCUGGAGGAGGACCCGCUGGGCCCCGACGGCAUCAACUGGGCCCAGCUCCUCCCGGAGCUGCGCUAG